AUGCCUCGGGCAAGUACAGCUCCAGGAGCGCGCCUCCGCUGUCGCCGAGCUUGCGAUAGUUGCAAGCGUCGCAAGCAGAAAUGCAACGGUGAACACCCGUGCACGAUCUGUGUUCAACGAAAGAAGGAAUCGGAAUGUCAUUUCUCGGAUCGCCCCGCCAGGCUACUCAAGCCCGAAGCCAAGGAUUCGACCAUGCUACUCAGCGAACGCAUAAUACCUUCACCGCAACGCGAGACGGCGAUGGAUCGACUGUUGAAUUCCCUUGAAGAUCGAGGGAUGAAUUUAGAACACCAGGUCCGUGACGAGAAGGAAGGGACCGCGCCUGUACCGAAAGUUGCGCGCCUUUUACGCGACGGGCAAGGCAAAUUCAUGUAUAUUGGCGAUUCGGCCAGUCUGUCGUUCUUGCAAAGUGUUCGUCGGGUGGUAUCUUCAUCAAUUGGUCGAUGUGAAUUUACCGAAGAUAACUCCAGGCAUUCCAUGCUCGAAGCCUUUCAAAAUAACCCGAGCACCCAGCCCAGUGCGCUUGUACAGCCGCCUAGCAAUGAAGACGCCCAACAACUUGCUCGACAAUUUGUGCUCGCUACCAACCCUCUCCUCGAUUUGUUCGACUUGGAAGAAUUCCACCCUCGAUUAGCCAACUGGGUAGGAAACCCAACGGGCGAUGAAGAUACCGUGAGCUCAAUAUUCUACCUCGUCCUCGCCAUUGGAGCACAAGUUUCAAGUAUACACCAAGAUAGAGCCGAGCAAUUCUUCGGUAGUGGCCGGCAAUUAGCGUUCUCGGCUUUCCAGGAAACCCCCAGCAUUCACACCAUUCAGUCAUACAUAUUGGUUUCGAUGUAUAUGCUUGGAGCAUGUAGGCGCAAUGGCGCAUUCAUGAAUCUUGGAAUUGCGCUUCGUGCCGCGUACGCUGUCGGGAUUCACCGCAAAGAUGCAAACGCGCUGUUUUGCGUACGGGAAAGAAGGGCCAGAGAACGAGUGUGGAAAAGUCUCCGAAUGAUGGACUUAUUCCUCAGUGCCUCUCUAGGGCGCCCGCCUGCAACUUCUGACUAUGACUAUGAUAUUCGUGAUGACGCUCUUGAAUCCGGAGAUGCGCAGCGGAAUUCGACUCCAGAGCAACAACUCUCAGUCGCAGUCAUUUCGCUUUGUCGCAUUUUUGAGCGGAUCCUAACCGACGUCUAUAUGAAGCAAGUCAUCUCCAUCAGCGUUGCUGAAUCGAUUUCAAACCAACAUCGUGCAUGGGUGCGCACUCUGCCCGACGUUCUCAAGAUGCAAACUGAACGACUCGAUCACAAGAGCAUGGAAGAAAGCUUGGCGGCGGCGCAUGUUUUCGGAUCAUAUUAUUGGUCCAUCAUUCUCCUGACACGACCGUUCCUCGUCUACCGCGUGGCACAAUACGUGAAGAACAAAUCCGAUCCGUCCGCACCGUCCGAUUCAAAGAACGGCAGCUCCCGAAUUUCCUUAUUCUCAGAUGCCUGUGUCUAUUCCGCUCUACGCGGCCUCGACGUCGUAGAGGAUCUCGGCCGAUUCUCCUCCCUCCCCAAACGUCUCCCAUUCUUGAUCAAUUCAGUAUUCAAUUCAGCCGUCGUUCUGGGUGCCGCGUUUUUCGCAGAUUACGAUAACCUUCUACCCCUGGAAGAGGGCAUGGGCAAGGCAGAGCGGUUCCUAGGAGUCUUUGUCCCGCACGACCCUCACGCAUGCCGCUUCUACCAAAUCGUCAAAUAUCUCCGUUCUGCCGUCGCGGAGUACAUCCAACGACGCAAUCGGCAAUGGAUGGAUCAUCGAAGCAAACAAGUCGAUCAACUCUUCGGCCAAGUAAACAGCGCUGACCCGGGCUCUGCUCGUGAUAUACCCGCGUCCAACCAUCUCUCUGAACCCCAUCGUUCAUCCGCCGUCCCGUCCCCUUCCUCGUCCAAUAAACCGGCUGUCAGUACCCCUACUUCAUUCCUAGCCGCACAACAACCUUUCCCUGGCACCCAGCCUCCAGGAAACGAAAUGUGGGACGCACUUUACAGCGGGGCAGACCCAUCGGCUUUAUCUUACGACGCUGCCAUCUCUGCCCUUACGACGUCAGGAAUUCCCGUUGGCUGUUCGCCCGGCGGUACUAUUCCUACCGGUCAACUUCCGGCCUCCGGUCCCUCGCCUCUCUCAGAUGUCAUGUUCCCUGAGAGCGGCUUGCUGUACAUGGCUGAAGACCUUCCGGUGUUUGGGAUCUGGGAUGAAUCCUAA